UUUCUUUUUCCAUAGCUUUCCGAGAAACCUAAAUUUGGAUUCCUAUCGAGGAAAACAACGUAGAUCUGUUUCAAAAUUUCCAGCUAGCUUCGAAAUCUUUCUCUCCUCCUUGAUUUCCUGUAAAUUUCUUCUGCUGCCAGGUUUUGUAAACAGCAGUUGCUGGAAAGUACUAUUUGCGGUGAAGCAUCAUGUCAAGUAUUACUGUUUGUGCUCGCUUCAGGCCUUUAACUUCAAAAGAGAAGCUAAAUGGCGAUGCUGAUUCUGUCUGCAUUCGGUGCAUAGACUCCGAAACUUUCGUUUUCAAGGAUGAUAAGGAUGAAGAAUUAACGUUUAGCUUUGAUAGAGUGUUCUACGAGGAAUCCAAGCAAGAUGAUGUCUAUCAAUUCCUAGCUCUUCCCAUAGUUAGAGAUUCUGUCAACGCAAUUAAUGGGACAAUUAUCACUUAUGGCCAGACUGGAGCUGGGAAGACAUAUAGUAUGGAGGGACCUGGUAUACUUGAAUGUGACGAACAGAAGAAAGGACUUCUUCCAAGGGUUGUAAAAGGACUAUUUGAUUCCUUGAGUCCUUCAGAUGAAGAAUUGACAUUUUCAAUCAAGUUGUCAAUGGUUGAAAUUUACAUGGAAAAAAUAAGGGACCUUUUCGAUUUAUCAAAAGACAAUAUACAAAUUAAGGAAAGUAAAUCUCGAGGAAUAAUUUUACACGGCGUAACAGAGAUCACUGUACUGGACCCAGCUGAAGCUUUGCAAAGCCUCUCCAGGGGGAUAGCUAACCGAGCAGUAGGAGAGACCCAAAUGAACUUGGCCAGCAGCAGAAGUCAUUGUGUUUAUAUAUUCACAAUCCAGCAAGAAUUUUCGAGAGAGAAAAGGAUGAGGUCUGGAAAAUUAAUUCUUGUGGACUUGGCGGGGUCUGAGAAAGUGGAGAAAACUGGUGCUGAAGGAAGAGUUCUAGAAGAAGCUAAAACCAUAAACAAAUCGUUGUCUGCUCUUGGGAAUGUAAUAAAUUCUCUUACAUGUGGCUUGCAAGGAAAAACAAGCCAUAUCCCGUAUCGUGAUUCCAAGCUCACCCGAAUGCUUCAGGAUGCACUUGGAGGAACCGCUAGGACUGCAUUACUCUGUUGUUGCUCCCCCAGUGCUUCUAAUGUAUCAGAGUCUCUGUCCACUCUCCGUUUCGGUGCAAGGGCGAAACACAUAAAGUCCUCACCUCGAGUUCAUUGCAUUGAAGAAAAGAGCAACACAGGCUCCACUGCUUCUUCUCCACCGGGUGAUGAGUUUUCUUCAAGAAUUAUGAACGAGUUGGGGAAACGAUUGAACGUGGAAGAUGUGAAGUUAUUGGAGGAAUUGUUCAUUCAAGAGGGCAUUCUUUAUGAUCUACAAUCAGUUGAAGAAGAUCAAGAAAUAGAAAAUCUUAAUUUUCAGACUAUAUCCUUACUACAAGAAGCCUUGGAGAAGCUCACAUCUGCCAUUGAUGAGCUUAAAAGGGAGAACAGCAUUCUCAAGGCAAAAGUUGAUGCCUCUGUGGAGUUUUCCUUCUGCAAGGAAGAUAAGAAAAGAUUGAUUCAUAAUAUGAUUUUUGGUGGGGUUAUCUUUGUUUCUCUUUGGGGUCUUUUGGUGUGGGUUAUUUGAGUGUUCUGUAUAUUUGGUUAGGAUAGUCUGUAGUCGGUGAUCUUUAGGUGCUGGCUGUGCGAGCUCUUGCCAUAUUCCAUGGUGUGUUGCCUUUUGUUUUCUCUCCUUAAGCAUCCUUCUCUGUUGUUUCUAGUACUCAUUAAAGAAACAAAAGUGAUGGUGGGAAUCCUGAGUUUCUUCUCAGGUCUUAGCUGACUGGGUCGCAGUUCUUCAAUACCAUGGAAUAGCUCUUCAUCCAACAUGCCUUGCCUGCUUCUUUUUUUAACUAGUAGCUAGCAGCAAAAUUAUUAUCGUGGUCUAUGACUAUAAGGAUGGCUUCAUUUUAGCACAAUCAAUUUUGUAGUUCAGCUUUUGUAUAGCGCUGUUGCAGUAUGAUAUGACUAUGAUCUACCAUACUGAUACACCCUAUCCAAAAGGUGGGUAGGAUUGGCAUAAUUUUAGGGCGAUAUAUACACAUUGAGAUGCAGGAGUUUAUAAUUAUUGUUGGACUGCUGCGUUCUAAUGGUAGUAAUACAACGGGACGGGUCUGUUAUAUCAC